UCUGCGAGAUCAUGUGUAGGCGCUCGAGCUGUAAGAGCAUCAACAUAAGUGCACGCACACCUGACACAAAGCCUCCAACACUGCGUGACCAAUUCCAAGCAUAGGCUGUCCACCUUUUCAGUUCGUACUAGCGGCAUAUCCUCAUCUCUGACACGUUCUCUGUGACCGGAACUAUGGAUAACGGCCCUCUUCAGAUCAACGGCAGAUGGAUGAACGACUUUCCACGGCAAUAUGCAUGUGAGCACCUCCGACAGACCAAAAGAUGCGAUUCUGGUAUCUGCUUCGCCAAUUACGAAGGCUUUGGACCACGUCGAUGUUCCAAUACGCACUGUCGCGGGCAUAGAAGCAAAGAUGACCCUCAAUGUUUGGGUGGGCCACCCGUGAUGCGUUGUUGCGAUAUACUGGCCGUGAAGGAGCGUCGGCAAAGAGCAAGGAUGAAAGCAGAGCUACGUGCCCUAGAGCAAGACAGUGUACCAGGCGACUAUCGAGAUUGGGGGCCAAGCACUGGUGGUCAGUUCCACGUACCGCGGAGCUUUCACCAAGACAACUCUCGGACUACCCCAGAGCCUAGUAAUACGGAGAAUGAAGCGGAGAUACUACGUAGAGUCAUGGAACUCAGCAUCCAGGAAGGCUUGCAACAGCCCAAGCCUCCUGUACUCGACAAAGAUCUGGCAGACGCCAUCCUCGCAAGCCAACAAGAGCCACAGAGCACACCUAAGCCCAGUGACACCUUUGACGAUGAUCUAGAAGAAGCCAUACGCGCUAGUCAACAAGAGCCGCAUAGAGUACCCCCGGCAAUCACUGCCUUUGAUGAAGAUUUACAGGCUGCAAUUCGUGCCAGUCAGCAAGAGCCCUCGUCAGCACCUAGCAGUAGCCAUACUUUUGAUAAUGACUUGGCAGAGGCAAUCCGAGCGAGCCGGCAAGAGCCACAGAGAGCUUCCCAGGUGAGAGACAAUUUCGACCGUGAAUUUGAGGAGGCCAUCAGACGUAGCCAGAAUGGCACCCAGUGGGCAGCACCAUCUCGUCCUGUGCCCGCCGCCGUUAUUGCCACUCCUACAGUCCGUUCCCCAACACACACUCUCAUAUCGCCCCCAAUCCUGCAUUCUCGUCCAUCAAUGCCCAUGCCUGCACCUGCACCUGCACCUGCACUCACACUACAGCCUCCUCCUCUCAUCCAUGCCGACACUGCUCCCGCCAUAGUCUGGUCUGGGGAGCGAGAUCCAGAUGCUCAGAAGCGAGAACGAGUAUCAAUCGACCAGCGGACGGUGUCACCAGUGCACCAUGCAGACUGGCAGAAGUGGAGCGCCACAGAGGGCAAGAAAUGGGAUGCGAAGCUGGCACAUCAAGACUCGAAUGCCGCUACUGGGGAGGCACCGCCAUACACGCCUUGGGCCCAGAACGGAGAGAAAACGGCAGAGUUUGACGCGGCUACUGAUGAAGUCUCACGUUGGGAGGAUGGUUUCGACGCACAAGCAUAGUCGGAUGGCCACUGUGACAUGACGACUAUGAGCUCCUAGGGCAGAUGCGUAUCUCUUUGACUGAUAGACAAUGCACAAAUGUUGGUUCUCGAUAUGUCGUGUGCACCGGUGCGAGUGUGUUAUGAAUGUCGAGUUCUCGUUGAUUCGCUGUCGUGCGCUAGACAACAAGCAUGAAGGCAUCUCUGCCAUGGCUUGAAGACAGACAG